AUGGCGGACAGACUGGUCCGUGGUCUUGACCGCUCCUACGGCUCCCACCGCCUCGACGGCCUUCACCGCCUCGCACUCCUGUCUCUUGACGCAGACGAUCCACUUGAGGUAGCCGCACGGCCACAGAUGGCGAAUCUCGCCGCUGUGCAGUUCCCAGCGGGCGACGUCGGCCGGGGUGGCGCCGCAGGAGUGCAGCAGGGCGGCGACCUCGUCGGGCGUGCGGGUGCGCAGCAUGGACAUCCAGCCGUCGAAGACGAGCACAAACGGCAGGAUGGGCAGCAGGUAGGUGAAGACGAGCGUCAUGGGCGAGCGCCAGCGCCAGGCGUAGUAGGGUGCCGUCAGCAGGAUGCCGAGCCCGAAGGCGAGCGUGGUGAAGAAGGCGGAGACGGAGCGGUCCUGGAGCUCGAGGAUGCUGGCAAACGAGCGGCUGAGCAGCACAGACCGACGACGGGCAGCCGUUUGCUCGUGCCCGAGGGCGGCACCGAGCGGCCAUCUCAAUCUUCCAGUGGGAUGAACAUUCUGCCGAUCCACAGAUCUGAUCUGUGA